AUGGCGGGUUACAUGCCUGCCCAAGCACAGGAUAAUGUGCAAGCGUUGAUUGCCCAAGUAAAAACCCUUACUGUUGAGAAGUUGAAGAAUGUACUGCGCAGCGAAGGCCUGCCCUUGUCUGGAGUCAAAAGUGAACUCCAAAUCAGAACAAUAGCCUAUAUCGAGAAAAUGCGCAAUGCAGCUGACAUGGUCGCGCUGAAUCGAAUACGCAACACGAUCAGGGGCGUUCCUCAUUCGUAUCAAAACGGCAACUCAUACAAUCCGCAUUACUCGAACGACUCUCCCGCCUCUUCAGCCUCCCCUCAGUUUUCCUCACCGAGUGCUCACAACAACUACUACAUGCCUUCUACCGCAACGUUAGGUCAAGCCCAAUUCAUCUGGAGAAGUUCACCUUUCUACAAGGUUCACAGACAGAUCACCCGACUGUGGGAGUGCAAAGCCCGAGAGUCGACCAGAGAUACAGCCAAGCUCAUAGUGAUGGUGUCCCAAGAUACUCUCGAUACGCUGCAUAAGGAUCCAUCAUAUCGCAUCAUGGUCUUUUGCACUUCUGAGAAUACCGGGCCUGUUCAGAGAGCAACUUGUGAUAUUGAGUUUCCUCACAACGUGGAGCUCAAAUGUAACGGUACUGAUAUCAAGGCCAAUCUGAAAGGAUUGAAAAACCGACCUGGAACGACCAGACCUGUGGAUAUUACGAGCUUCAUCAAGAAAAAGCCCGCCAAUUAUCCCAAUUCGGUCGACAUGAUCUACGCUUUGACCAUAAAGAAAUUCUACCUCGUGGUCAAUCUGGUCGUGCAAAAGUCGAUUGACACAAUGGUCGCCGAUAUCAGGCGAGGCCGCGUGAUCACCAAAGAUCAAGUGAUUCGGGAGAUGCGCCGGAAAGCCGAAGACCCCGAUGAAAUCGUGGCUACGUCGAUGGUUCUUUCGUUGAAAGACCCUGUCGGUUACACACGCAUCACGACGCCAUGUCGUGGCAUCGGCUGUAAUCAUGUCCAAUGCUUCGAUGCAGCCCUGUAUCUCCAACUCCAGGAACAAGCACCCACGUGGACAUGCCCUAUCUGCAACAAGGCUGUGCCAUGGGAACAACUGGCUCUGGAUCAGUAUGUAAACGACAUUCUGAACCUAACGCCUAGGAGUGUAGAGGCCGUCAACGUCGAUCCGGACGGGAGAUGGCAUAUCCAGAACGAAAACGAAACUUCUUCUCGCAGAUCUAACCCCACCCCAUCGGAGGAUGAUGAUGGUGACGAUGACAACAACGAUGGCGACGACGACGGCGAUUUAGUGGAGCUCAGAGUCGGACCCAGCUUUCGACCCUCGAACAUUGAAACACUGACACCGCAUAGCGUCAAGACCCCGCCAUUAUCGUCUCGCGAAGUAUCAACGGCUCCUUCAGGGUCUAAACCGUCAGCACAGACGAAGAAAAGACCCCGCGAAGUCAUUGAUCUGACUUUGAGCGAUGAUGACGAGGACGAGCCCCCUCCCAAGGUCUCGAGGGCAUCCAAUUCUUCAUCCGUGGAUCUUUCUCAGAAGGGCCCCCGGCAACGCGAAGAUCGGAUGUUCUAUGCCCCGGGGCAAAUUGUCAUUGAUUGGGCUCGGCGCCCUUCAUUUCGUGGCCCUUCGCAAUAA